UAAUGGUAAACACAGUAUCCAAUUCAUUCAAUUUCAAUACGUAAUAAAAUUAUAGUUUAUUCUUUGUAACACAUUAUUUUGAAAUAAAAAUAGUGAUACAAUAUAACUAUUUUAUAUAUUACACAAUACGAUUGUUCCUAAAUGCUGUUUACAGUAAUUUAUAGUUGGUAGAAAUAACGUGUUUUUUUUUCUGCUAUUCAUGUAAGUGAACAGCUGAGUUUUGUUUUCAUUGCGUAGUGUACAUCUUCCAUCAUUUUUGUAUUAUCACAGAUUACCGUCGCAAGUUUACUUGAAGGCCUGAAAGAAAAACAACAAUGAAUGAAAUAAAAUCUUUGGAACAUCCUACAUUGAAGGUGCCUUACGAGGUCUUCAACAAGAAGUAUCGUAACGCCCAGCGCGUGUUUGACGUGGAAGCGAGGCAGGUUGUGGCUGCGGUCGGUGAUCUGGAUACAGCUGUCAAAAACGGCUCGACAGCUGGUGAAAUCAACACUUUACUUGGUGGCAUGGUCGAGAAACUAACAACAAUGAAGAGGAAAGCUUCAGACGCGAUAACCGAGGAGGUGCAAGCAGCGUUUGUCUGCAAGAAACGUCUCGAACACUUGAAGGAGCAGGCGGAGGCUAUCGCUGAACCUAAUAGUUCACAGAAUAAGACCGCAAUGACUCAGUGGCGUAAAGUGCGCUUGGACAGAAUGAUAGUGGAUUACUUUCUACGCAAUGGAUAUUAUGACUCGGCCGCUAAAUUAGCCGAAACUCGGAAUCUCAAAGAUUUGACUAAUGUUGAGAUAUACGCGGCGGGCGCUGCGGUGGAGCGCGAGUUAGCGGCGCGGCGCACGGCGCGCUGCCUGCAGUGGUGCGCUGAUAACCGCUCCAAGCUGCGCAAGCUCGGCUCCACCAUGGAGUUCGACACGCGCCUGCAGGAGUUUAUAGAGCUAGUACGUGAAGACAAACGUCUCGAAGCGGUGCGCUACGCUAAGAAGCACUUCUCUACAUACGAGGACGGGCAGUUGGAGGACAUACAGCAUUGCAUGGGCAUGCUCGCUUUUCCCAAGGAUACAGAAGUGGAGCCCUACCGUCGUCUGCUAGCCGCCUCACGUUGGACAGCCCUAGUUACGCAGUUCCGCUGGGAACACGCUCGUCUCUUGCACCCGGCGCGUCUUCCCGCUUUACCCGUGACAUUACAAUUGGGUCUUGCAGCGUUGAACACUCCACAAUGCUACUCCGAGAGCACCAAGGUAUCGGGCUGUCCCGCAUGCCAGCCGCCACUGAAUGCUCUGGCGGCCACGCUGCCGCACGCGCACUGCUCGCACUCGCGGCUCGUGUGCCGCAUCACGCGCCUGCCGCUCAACGAGCACAACCAGCCCAUGGUGCUGCCCAACGGCCAGGUGUACGGCGAGAAGGCGCUCAAAGAAAUGAUGAAGGAACACGGCUCAAUAAUCUGCCCCAAGACGAAGGAGGUAUUCUGCAUGAAACGUGUCGAGAAAGUAUAUGUUAUGUAAAUGUGUGAUACUCAACGAUUAUUUUAAGCAUAUAAUAUUGCAUUGUAUUCAAAUUUAUUUUUACCUUUUUUAUAUUUUUUGUCAAAUACAUUGGCCCUAUUGUUUAUAGUUCUCACUUUUUAUGUUUUGGUGGUAAAAUAAAACUCAAAAUUGUAUUAAAAUAUUCUCUUUAAUUUUAGUGUGGGUAUAUUUAGUUUUCCUAUCGAAUAUUUUCUAUUUUCUACUUUUUACUGCCAAUCUCAAUUAUUUGCGUGUAGAUACGCGGUUUGCGAUUGUCCAUUUUGUAAGCAGUGUUUUGUUUAAGCAUUUUAAAAAGUUCCAUGUAAAGGAUUGUAUGAAAUACUGUAUAACAUUGUAUUAUGUAACUCAAUAAAGUGAUUGAAAGUCA